CUGAGGUCUCUUUGUUCAGCAACACUCCCUAGGACCUGACCAUUAAGUGUAUAAGUCCUGCUAGCAAACUCAGCCAUGAUUGAGGGAUAAUCCUCUUGUCUCCGAGUCAAUAUUGACCAAGUCUGGGCUGACGCUCUGCUGCAGGACCGGAGUGCGGUACUGUUGUAAGAACCACCUUUUGGGUGAAAAAUGACAAUGGCGCCGGAAUUCUCUUCUGACGGGUUUAAGGUCACUAAAACAGACCAAAUGCACAUUACCCCAAUUGUGGGAUCUUGCCCGUGCUCAGAUUGGUUGGUGUGCUUCCUCCAACACAACAAUGACUUCAAUGGCACACUGGGACCUCUCGAGGUCAUGGAAGCCACUGAGGUUUCUUCCUACACUUUCCAUCCGACCUAGUGAGCAUAAGGAAGUUUUCUGCUCUUCGGCAAAGUGAAAAGGCAAACCCAGAAUGAAAUGGCUACAUCGAAUAAAUCAACGCAAAUGGAAUUAAACUUCAAAAACGGUGCAUUAAAUAACGCUGAAAAUGCUCGGUCUGAUCUGUGCGUUGCCAGUGUGUCUCUGAGGAUAGUCCUGAGUCCAAAUAUGGCAAGGAGUGGCAUUGGGGAAGGCAGCCUGACUCCCAGGAGCGAGCGGAAUCAAUCAGCUGCUGAUUAACCUGCAGAGACACCACCGAAUGACAGCUCCAUCAUUGCUCACCCCCUUGUUUCCUGCCACGUCAGGGCUGCUGCUACUGUGUGUGUUUCACACUCGCGUAUAAAAAGCCCCUGAAAGUGUGAGAGCGAGCUGAGAUCUCCAACUGGCUCCAGGCAAGGAAGAAAGUUCCGGGGUGAUUUCAGGACUUGCCGGUGGGCUGGAGACGGCAGGGCGGCUGGGAAGAUGGGCUGUGUGUGUUUUUGGAUGGACUGGGAGCGGAGGCCAUCCCCGAGUGACCUCACCCGGGGAGAGUUAAGCGGCGAGUUUGGGAUCUGACUGUGCUGGCCAGUUGCUGAGUCUGUUGCUUAGCUCCGGGAGGAGAAUAUGUUGAUGCAUGUGGGAGUGUGCUGCCUAAGGUUGCAGCCUGGCUUGUUUGCUAAACGGCCCGCUCACCCUCUGGACCUUUGGAGAGAAUUUGCAGCGACCCGGGCAGCUGGGGGGGCUCGACCUCUUGGAUAGCCCCAGCUAGAGGGGCCGAAAGCUCUCGGACGGCCGGCCGGGACCUCUCCAGCAGCGAGGGGAGGGAGAGGCGGAGAGGGACAGUGUUGGUUUCAGUCGGAGCUGGGAGAGCGCAGCCCCGAUGCUGUGGGUAAUGUCCGAGUUAACGAUGGAGAUGAACGACAGCGUGUUGAGUCAUCUCCGGCGCCCGGGCACCCUCGCCAAGCCGCUGAUGAGGAGCAGCUCUCCGGACCCCCAGGUUAGCCCGUGUCCCAGCCCGGCUGCCCCCUCCAGCUCUCCCCAGGCUAACAGCACUACCGACUGCGGCCAGCAGAUCCUGCAGCCGUACGGAGACACUGAGAAGGUGAUCAUUGGGGCCAUUCUGUCCAUCAUCACCCUGCUGACCGUGUCCGGCAACUGCCUGGUCAUGAUCUCCGUCUGCUUCGUGAAGAAGCUCCGGCAGCCUUCCAACUACCUGAUCGUCUCGCUGGCCCUGGCCGACCUCUCGGUGGCGGUGGCCGUGAUGCCGUUUGUCAUCGUCACCGACCUGAUCGGCGGCCAAUGGAUCUUCGGGCAGCUCUUCUGCAAUGUCUUCAUCGCCAUGGACGUGAUGUGCUGCACCGCUUCCAUCAUGACCCUGUGUGUGAUCAGCAUCGACAGGUAUUUGGGAAUAACAAGACCAUUGACGUAUCCGGUCAGACAGAAUGGGAAAGGCAUGGCUAAAAUGAUCCUUUGUGUGUGGCUGCUGGCUGCAUCCAUCACACUGCCACCUCUGUUUGGCUGGGCCAAGAACAUCAAUGACGGCAAGGUCUGCCUGAUCAGCCAAGACUUUGGUUACACCAUUUACUCUACAGCAGUGGCAUUCUAUAUCCCAAUGUCAGUCAUGCUGCUUAUGUACCAUCAGAUUUUCAAGACUGCUAAGAGGAGCGCUGCUAAACAUACAUUUGCGGGCUUCCCUCGGCCAGGUGACAAACGCAUGAGUGAAGCCGCAAAAAUAGGAGUGAAACCACGCAAGGAAUCAGAAGAAUGCACCCACUUUGCCCGACUUCUGAAAAAUGACAGGAAGAAUAUGUCAAUUUUCAAAAGGGAGCAGAAAGCUGCGACGACCCUAGGCAUUGUGGUCGGGGCAUUCACUGUGUGCUGGCUGCCGUUUUUCAUACUAUCUACUGCAAGACCUUUCAUCUGUGGCACUGAGUGCAGCUGUAUACCCCUUUGGUUGGAGAGAACGAUCAUGUGGUUUGGCUACACAAAUUCUCUGCUGAACCCAUUCAUUUAUGCACUAUUCAACAGAGACCUGCGGACAACCUAUCACAAUCUGCUGAGGUGCAGGGAGAAAUAAAUUCCAUAAUCAUGCGAUCCCAUGGCAAUGUGACAGGAUGUUUUACAGGCUUUCUCAAGUAUCCCCAGAAUUCUUCAGAAACAAUCACGGUUUUAUAAGCUACUGCAUUAUAUGAUGGAUACCUAUCAUUUGAAGAAUGGAAACCCUUCAAGAUAGCUGAUCUCAGCAAAAUAGAAGAUUAUUCCAUACAUUUCCAUGAGUUAAGUUGUUUUGUAUCUGGCUUUGUGCUCCCCUUCUUGUGAUGUAAGUUGUAUGAAAUGUGAAUAUCAAAAUGUGAAUUGCAGAAUAUAUGUUCAUGUUGGAUUUUGUCUUUGCUGAUCAAUGUUUAAUAUAUAUCACAUACUGCAAUGCAAUUUACAGAUGGACAAAUUAUUCUAUGUUCAAGAUUAUGUAGCCACCAACAACAAAUUGUAUUUGAGGUGGAACUGAAUGCUCCCACAAGAAAAAAAUUCCUUAUUUUUAGGAUAUGGUUUAUGAAGGUAUUAGGCAGGCACGUAAAAGGUAUGACUCCAUGCUCGCACUCCCUCCAAGCUGCUCAAGUGCAUGACUGUGGUACAAUCAUGGCAACAGGCUGCUCACAAGCUGGCCCCCUUAAGGUACUGAGUGUGCAGCUGCACAACAAAUACAAAGCUACACUGAAAUAACCAGGCUGUGCAUAACAAGGAAAAUUUAGGGGGGCUAUUGCCGAUCAUUGAUCAUUGUCAUGCGACAGCAGAUCAUGAAGAAACAGGUUUUCCACACUUUUUGACAGUUUCUUCUGAUUAGGCUUUGUUACAGCAAACCUGUUGUUCAUGACUGUAUUUGCUAUUCAUUGUAUUUACACAGGAAUAAUUGUUGCUUGAAAUUGCAGUUUAUGUGAAGUAUUUUUCCCAAGAAUAAUCCAUUAAAUCAACUAUUGCAAGCACAGUUUCUUCUCAUUAAACUGCCAAUGAUUAAUCCAGAUACCAUUCUGCACUGAGGCUUAGCUAAUUGUUUGCCUUCAGAACAUCUUGGGAUAUUCAGGAGAUUGAACAUGAUGCCCAGGUCUGAAUCGUAACAAAAUCACUGUUAUACCGACCUUGUGAUAUUUAUUUUUUGUAAAUAUAUGGAAUACUUAAAAUCCUGGAUUUAAAAGAGAUUAGAAAACAAAAUGCCUGAUUUAACCCAAACGACACAUGGUUUUGUGAUAUUGAUUGUAGUCAAAAGACAUACUCAUGAAGAGUCUGUAAGCAUUAGGAAUGUAACUGAAACAUUAAAGACGAUGUCCACAAGUUUUGUGUUUUGACUUGCAUGGCUUACCUUGUUUUAAUUGCUCCUGUUGGGAUGGACAUUAAAUCAAAGAUGAGAGGGAUGAGUGGUACUAGUUCAAAGUCAGAAACUGCAGAACAACAAGGGUCCCAAAUGGUCUGCUGAAGUUAGAAAUACUUUUUGUCAUUGUUUCCUGGGUGUGACCAGCCAGAUUGAGAUGUGUCAAGAGGAUACAGUUUAUACUGCCAGGUACAGCCUUUUGAGUGAAGACAAGGAAGGAUGAGAUCUGUGAUGCCAGGUGGUUAGGGUUCCAGGGAAGAUCAUGGUCCAGCUUUGUGUAAAAUUACAGAGCUGGCGAUGAUCAGGGUUCACAGCUAGGCAGCACUGGGGAGACAGGGAUUGGAAUGGACAUGCUGGUAGCCAGGGGAAGACCAGAAGCUAGAAGAUCAGGAGAAAUUGGAAAAGGAACAAGGUGAGAGAUUGGAAACCAUAUGGAGGGGUUUGUAAAAAUGGAGAUGAGAGAUCACAAUGCUCAGGAAGGUGAAUCAGGAUCAGUGGCCAUCUAGAGCAGGUUGGUAAGGUAGCUACAGGGCCUUGGUGAAAUUGAUGUAUCAGCAGAUAUGUGGUAUUGCACUGAUCUCCUGGAUCCAGGAACUGUCAGUUCCUUUCACCUGUAUUCUGUCGAAGAAAACACCACUGAUUUGAGUUACAGUUAAAAUAAUUGCUGAAUAGUACACACACUCACAUUAUGCACAUUACAAAUGCACCAGCAGGUUCAGGAACAGCUUCUUCC